AUGCAAGCAGCAACCCGUGCGAUAUUUACCGACCGGAGUGGCGAGCCAUAUAUUGGCAAAAUCGACGAAGUCUACGAGCCGCUCCCAACUGAGGUUCUUGUCAAAGUUGAAUUCUCUGGAAUCAACCCUGCCGACCUUGGUCACGCCAGGUUUCUUGGACUCAACAACACUGUCGCAGGGUACGACUUCUCUGGAACUGUCAUCAAAGCAGGCACCUCCAAAAGCAAUCAAUUCCAACCCGGUGACCGCGUCCUUGGAUUUGCUGCACCUGCCUCGGAUAAGCCAAAGCAGUAUGGCGUGCACCAGGAAUACCAUUGCGCCAGACACUUCAUCUACCACGUUCCCCCUUCCAUGCCUAUGGAAGAUGCUGGUUCGCUAAUGGUUGUAACCCAUACUGCUGCCGACGCAUUGUUCAACCAGCUUCAGCUCUCCUUCGAAAAUGAGAUCCAGCCUCUUUUGGUAUGGGGUGGCUCGAGUGCGGUUGGAUGUGCUAUCAUUCAACUGGCCAAAAAGGCAGGAUGUUACCCAAUCCUUACCACCGCAUCCCCUAAGAAUCAUGCAAAGCUCCUAGAGAUUGGUGCAACGGAAUGUUUUGAUUAUCGUGACCCUAACGUUGUGCAGAACAUUCAAUCUGCUCUCAAGAAAUACACUACCAAACCGCUGAAGCGGGUGGUGGAUUCCGUUGUGUCUCGCGGGCAGCCCUCGUCAAUCAGCCUUUGCGAGGCUUGCGUGGACGACCCAAGCGAUGCUUUGUUUACCUGUCCGCUUCCUCCUACGAGUGAUGCGAAGCAGCACUGGAAUCGUAUUUUUGCCUGCAGAAAUGUUGACAUCAACUUCAAACUUCCAAACGGGACGGUGCUCAAACAUGAGGCUGAUCAGUCUAUGCAAGCCAAAAUCGACCAGGCUACCAGCUGGGCUAUUUCAAACUAUGGAAAUGGUUAUUGUAUGCCAAAUGUCGUUGUGGUGAAAGGCGGAGAGGAAGGAGUACGUGCCAUGCUUGAUGUUUCCGCUGGGAAGGCUAGCAUGCAAAAGUUUGUGAUUGAGCAUCCCAUCUAA